AUGGAGUCUUUCACCUCUGAUCCUCAAUCCAAGUUCCUCAAGCUGAUCGCUUUUGCAAUCCUUGAGCAAGAAAGCCAAGGAAAGACGCAAUCGCAGGCUGAGGAGCAAAUGGGAGAGCUCAUGCCCGAGGUUGUCCAGACUCCAGUCCCAUAUGCGCUUGGCGGGCGGAGUGUUCUGGCGGCUGUGAGGGAGGGAUGA